UUCACUUCCUUCUUGUUCUCGCCGUCUCGACAUUUUAGAACUCUCCUCGAUCGCAUCAAUGGCCGCCAUCACCGGAGCUUCUUCGAUCUCAGUCCGCUCUCGCCUUCAUCAGAAUCUCGCACUGUGCAGGGCUAAUGGUGUUAAGCCACUUUCACUGUCUGGCAAUGGAAGAAGUUCUCUUUCUUUCGGGUUACAGCAGCGUUCAGCACGGCUUCGCAUCUCCUGCGCAGCUAAGCCAGAGAUGGUGGACAAGGUUUGCCAGAUAGUUAGGAAGCAACUUGCAUUACCAGAUGACUCUGAAGUAUCUGGAGAGUCAAAGUUUUCAGCACUUGGAGCUGAUUCCCUUGAUACGGUUGAGAUCGUGAUGGGACUUGAGGAGGAAUUUGGUAUUAGUGUGGAAGAGGAGAGUGCUCAGAGCAUUGCAACCGUUCAGGAUGCUGCCGAUCUUAUUGAGAAGCUAAUUGAGAAGAACAAAGCUUAGAAUAAGUAAUAAGAAAACAAGUGCAAAGUAGUGUUUUCACAUCCUAGCUUGCUUUAGAUAAUUGUUUGGUUGGUAAACUGGUUAUGUAGCAGUCAUUUUGUGUGAAAUUUGAACCUGAUAGCUGUUGACUGGUUGAAUUAUAAUGUAUGAAUUUGAGUUUGUGUGGUGAA